AAAUAGGAAAAAAGAAAAAAAUUAAAAAAUGAAUGAACCAGACAACAGUUUUACUCUUACAAAGUUAAUUGAAAAAUUAAAUGAAUUGUUUGACCAUGAAAAGGUCAAUGUUGAUGAAGUUCAGGACGCAAUGGAGACCUAUCAAUCAAAUUUAUCAGAGUGGAAAAAGUAUGCUCAUUUUGAUGACUACAGAUAUACAAGAAAUUUAGUUGAUUCUGGAAAUGGAAAGUUUAAUUUGAUUUUGCUUUGCUGGGGAGAAGGUCAUGGAAGUGGUAUUCAUGACCAUGCAAACUCACACUGCUGGAUGAAAGUAAUGGAUGGAACUCUUACAGAAAAGCUCUAUGACUGGCCAAAUGAAGUAGGUUGUACUGCUAAUAUAGAUCAUGCUCAAAUGAAGCCGCGCAGAGUUAAAGAUUAUACUAAAAAUCAAGUUGCAUACAUUCACGACACCAUUGGAUUACAUCGUAUUGAAAAUAAAAGUCAUACUCAACAAGCUGUUUCACUUCAUUUGUAUUCUCCUCCCUUUAACAUGUGUCAUUCAUUUGAUGAGAGGACUGGCAAAGUGAAUACUUGUGAAGUUGUGUUUUGGAGCCAAGGUGGCAUCAGAACCCCAAAUGGAAAAAUAAAUCAAGUUGCGUGUACAAAGAACACUGCUGAUCAAACUUAACAUGUCAAUCAAAGAAGGGUGUUAAUAAUUAAUUCGUAGGUGUCGUUGGUAUCGAUGCUAUGGUUAUUGAUCUACAUAGAAGUCUAUUAGUUGAGAAAAACAAGUUGAAAUUGUUUUGUGCUCUUAUAUUUAUUUACUGAUUUUUUUAAGUUUAAUACACUUUUUAUAUACUUUUA